CGGCGACGUUUGCUGAGGAGCUGCUGCGUGCGUCGUCGAUGGUGGCCGGUCGCAAUGGGUACUCCGCGUCGUCGUUGUCGUCGUCGACGACGACGGGAUACCCACCGGCCAGCGCAGAUGCUGAGCAGAACGGCUCGAGAAUUCAGAGCGAUGGCGGCGAGCAGACACAACACGACGGCCACGCGACCCUGGGCCCGCAGAUGAAUCUCACGACCAAGGGAAGCGGCGGCAGACUCUCUCCUGACGGCGUCCGCGCGGCCGCCCAACGCGCCGUGGGCAGGAUCAAGACGGCCCUGAGGCAGCGGCUCGAUAGCAUCCGCGGGACCCGGUGUUCGGACGAGCUCAUCUGGGCGGCACUCGAGGCUGACGUCUUUGGUUCGUCGCGGUGGUUCGAGGGCCCGCUCGCCUCGGAUCUGGUCGCUGCCGGGUUUGCACUGGUCGAGGAGGACCCCGAUGACGCGGUUGGCGCUGGAGCUGCACCUCGUCGGAGCGGACAUGCAGUUGGCGGGGAUGCUGUAUAUGGUGAGAAGAGUCGCGAGGAUGGUCAGCCUGAUGCCGGUGGUGUUGACAAUGCGGCUGGCGAAAUGAGGCUGCAGAACUCAAGAAAGGCCAACGCGCCUCUGCGGGCUCGCCUGGCCGAACCGCUCGUCGUCGAGACCAUCAUGGAGUACCUCUACGAGUCGCCUGUAGAGGUCCUGGACGAGUACCUCAACCGGUUCUUCACGCCGCUGCAGACGGCCAACGCUGACAGGGAGUGCCUGUGGAAGAUUGCAGAGGAUGUUCUGGCCAAGAAACUGCAAAACACCGUCCGCUUCACCAACGACACAAUCUCGCAGCACCGCCGCACCAGCUUCUUCGACAUCCUGCGCACCUCGCGCUCCCCGACGCCCAUCCACAAGCUGCGCCACCGGUCGUACGGGAUGCAAGGGCUCCUCAACGGCCAGCCCCAACAGCAGCCGCAGCCUCUGACCCACCACGACUUCUGGUCGUACGGCGAGGCCGAGCGCUUCGUCGGCAGCCUGGACCGGUACUACCUCCAGGACUCGGGCACCAACAUCGACCGGCCCGGCGAGUGGCGAGUUGAGGACUGGCUGUACGAGACUGAGGAGGAACACCGGCCGAACUUCUUCUUCUUUGAUGGUGGGGAGGGAUAUGGGGAUGACGGUCAGGAGGACGACGGUGCGCUGGGGUGCCUGUUCUUCCUCACAGACCGGGAGAAUGUGCGGAGGAAGAUACUGUGUGUGCUGCAGUUCGCCCCUGCGCCCACGACAGAAGUCACCACGGACCAACACCCCGGCACCAACGACGCCUCGACACCCUCCGCCCACCAGCCGAACCCUUUCCCCACGCUCACCAACCUCAUCACCCGCCUCUGGCAGUCCUACCCGGGCAGCCAGAACCAGACCCCCUGGCCGGUGUUCUACAUCUACGUGCCUCCCCACUCUGUCGAGAUCGACGACGACGCGUUCGUCGCCGAGCUGUCCCGCACGGUCAAGGACAAGAUGCCGAGGAACCAUUAUGUCGGGUACGUGGACAUCAGCAACUCGGAUGGGGUCUGGGGGACCACUUUCCCCGCGUGGAUCGGGCAGAUGGCCGAGGAGAAGAGGAGGCAGGUGCAGAGGUUGAGGAGGGAGAGAAGGCGAGAGCUUGUGGGGAGGUUUGGGCGAUAAUCUCGUCUUGUAAUUGCUGAUAAGCGUAGAGUUGUGUUUCAGUUUGUUUUUAGACCUAGCCAUCAGAUAUCCUGUUGCGUUUAAAACUGCGC